UAAACAGUACCUGUUUGUAUCUACUUAUUGGCUCCAGAAAAACAAAGGAAGAUUAACCAUGAAACACAAUACUUUUUGUAGUAUUCUUAUUCAACUGAUCUUUACAGUUAGGUUGGGAUCGUCUGCCAAUUCAAAACCAUUGUUGAGUUCUCCAAUCGGUCCUUACCAAUUCCUCGUCAAACAGGCUUUUAAUUGCAAUCCUACGCAGGACAAUAAAAUCCAGCAUAACUAUUACGUAAGUCGCAGAGCCAAUUCAACAGUGCUCCUUGGAAAUACAACUAUCGAUGUACUUUUUGACGAUACUUUUUUCUUAGAAAUGAAUAUGGCUCUCAAAGAUUCGUAUGGAAAAUGGAAAGAAAAUGUUUUCAUGCAUACAACACCAAAUGCAUGCUCAUCGAUAAAAAAAUUAAUAGGAAACGCAGCGAAUGCAUUCAUGCAUGGUUUUGGACUUAAAAAUCUUAAUUGUCCUAUACCUCCGGUAAAUACCUAAGUUAAAACAUAUUAUAAUAUUUUAUUGUAUUUUAGAUUCUGAGCGGAGCAAGGAAGUUAGUGGUUUUACUAUGGUGUUUAUUUUUUUUUUUUAUUCUGUUGUGGUAAGCGAUCACCACAUUACUCCCUCUCUACGGCUACGUGCUACGGUUGGCGACACCGACUCGCGUCCGUCAUGUCGCGGCGUCUCCGCGGACGUCACGGCGUGUCGGGCCCGGCUCGAUCUCUUGUGUGACGAAAUAAACAAACAUAUUUGAAUUUAAGUUUAAUACAAUGCAUUAUACAUUGACCCACUUAUAACCUACUAUACAGCAGAGCAAU